GGAGCCUGAUCGCGCCAUGGAGGCGGCGGCGGGCGGCCGUGGCGGCUUCCAGCCGCACCCGGGGCUGCAGAAGACGCUGGAGCAGUUCCACCUGAGCUCCAUGAGCUCACUGGGCGGCCCGGCCGCCUUCUCGGCACGCUGGGCGCAGGAGGCCUACAAGAAAGAGAGCGCCAAGGAAGCAGGGGCGGCUGCGGUGCCGGCGCCGGUGCCGACGGCCACCGAGCCGCCGCCGGUGCUGCACCUGCCUGCCAUCCAGCCGCCGCCGCCUGUGCUACCCGGGCCCUUCUUCAUGCCGUCGGACCGCUCCACCGAGCGCUGCGAGACGGUGCUGGAAGGGGAGACCAUCUCCUGUUUCGUUGUGGGAGGCGAGAAGCGCUUGUGCUUGCCCCAGAUCCUCAACUCGGUGCUGCGCGACUUCUCACUGCAGCAGAUCAACUCGGUGUGCGACGAACUGCACAUCUACUGUUCACGUUGCACCGCCGACCAGCUGGAGAUCCUCAAAGUCAUGGGCAUUCUGCCCUUCUCCGCGCCCUCGUGCGGGCUCAUCACCAAGACGGACGCCGAGCGCCUGUGCAACGCGUUGCUCUAUGGUGGCGCCUACCCGCCGCCCUGCAAGAAGGAGCUGGCCGCCAGCCUGGCGCUGGGCCUGGAGCUCAGCGAACGCAGCGUGCGCGUGUACCACGAGUGCUUCGGCAAGUGCAAGGGGUUGCUGGUGCCUGAGCUGUACAGCAGCCCCAGCGCCGCCUGCAUACAGUGCCUCGACUGCCGCCUCAUGUACCCGCCGCACAAGUUCGUGGUGCACUCGCACAAGGCCCUGGAGAACCGGACCUGCCACUGGGGCUUCGAUUCGGCCAACUGGCGGGCCUACAUCCUGCUAAGCCAGGACUACACGGGCAAGGAGGAGCAGGCCCGCCUCGGCCGCUGCCUGGACGACGUGAAGGAGAAGUUUGACUACGCUAACAAGUACAAACGGAGGGUGCCCCGGGUCUCAGAGCCCCCAGCCUCCAUAAGAUCCAAAGCAGACGACACUUCCUCCCAGUCCCCUGCGUCUUCUGAGAAGGACAAGCAGUCCACUUGGCUGCGGACCUUGGCUGGUUCCUCUAAUAAGAGCCUUGGCUGUGUUCACCCUCGCCAACGCCUCUCUGCGUUCCGACCCUGGUCCCCUGCUGUUUCAACAAGUGAAAAAGAGAUCUCUCCACACCUCCCAGCCCUAAUUCGAGACAGCUUUUACUCCUACAAGAGCUUCGAGACAGCUGUGGCCCCCAAUGUGGCUCUGGCACCACCAAGUCAGCAAAAGGUCAUAAAUAGUCCGCCGUGUACCACUGUGGUCUCCCGGGCCCCUGAGCCUCUUACCACUUGUAUCCAGCCACGGAAGCGGAAGCUGACUGUGGACACACCUGGAGCCCCAGAGAUGCUGGCACCUGUAGCUGCUCCAGAGGAGGACAAAGAUUCAGAGGCUGAGGUCGAAGUUGAAAGCAGAGAGGAAUUCACCUCCUCCUUGUCCUCGCUGUCCUCUCCAUCCUUUACCUCGUCCAGCUCUGCAAAGGACCUGAGCUCCCCAGGCGUACAUGUCCCGCCUGUGGCUGCCCCUGAUGCCACAGCCCAUGCUGAUGCUCCAAGUGGGCUGGAGUCGGAGCUGGAGCACCUACGGCAGGCUCUGGAGGGUGGACUGGACACUAAGGAAGCCAAAGAGAAGUUCCUGCAUGAGGUAGUCAAGAUGCGUGUGAAGCAGGAAGAGAAGCUGACAGCGGCCCUGCAAGCCAAGCGUAGCUUACACCAGGAGCUAGAGUUCUUGCGUGUGGCCAAGAAGGAGAAGCUGCGGGAAGCUACAGAGGCUAAACGCAGCCUGAGGAAGGAGAUUGAGCGGCUACGAGCUGAGAAUGAAAAGAAGAUGAAAGAGGCCAACGAGUCACGGGUGCGCCUGAGGCGGGAGCUAGAGCAAGCGCGGCAGGUCCGGGUGUGUGACAAGGGCUGUGAGGCCGGCCGCCUUCGAGCCAAGUACUCAGCCCAGAUCGAGGACCUGCAGGCAAAGCUGCAGCAUGCAGAGGCCGACCGUGAGCAGCUGCGAGCCGACCUGCUGCGGGAGCGAGAAGCCCGGGAACACCUGGAGAAAGUGGUGAAGGAGCUUCAGGAGCAGCUGUGGCCGCGGCCGCGGCCUGAGAAUGCGGGUGGUGAGGGCAGUGCAGAGCUGGAGCCCUAGCCUGGGCACCGCCUACCACUGCGGUGCGGACUUACACGCGGGUGCAGAGGGUGGCGGGUGCGUGGCUCUGCAGGCCCAGCCCACGCCUCUGAAGCCACACAGCACAACGUCUCUACUGUGCCUAUUACCAAGCAAGUGUUUGUAACCACAUACUUUUGGAAUCCACUGCAAAAUUUUCUACUGGCCAACUUCAAGUGAGCAAGCCAUGUCCCCAGCUGCAGCCAGAGUCAAGGCUGGCUCCCAUGGUUCAAAGCUGGUCCUCUGCUUGCUAGAACAUUCUAACAUUUACACUUUUGUUAUAAGCUAUUUAAAACCAGUAAGGAGACUUGAUAUUCAGAAAACCAACAUGUGUUUUUUAAUGACUAACUUUUAAAGCCCCAACACGUGACGCCAUUUGGACACCCAUUCUGGUGGGAGUGGUGCCUACCACCUCCCUCCUGGGAAGCCAUCACUGCUCAUCUGUGCCCGCGGCUGUAAGAGGACAGCAAGGGUUUUCUUCAGAGUCUAUUUUUUCAGCAACAAGGACCCCACUCUUCCUGCUGCUGCCAGGAAGAGCAGGGAGAGUGCCGCGUGCGAGAUGAGCCCCAACACUGCCCGCCUUACCGCCGCUGCCCCGCCCACCAACACCACCACUUGCCCCGCCCCGCAGGCUCCAGGAUGCCUGAGCCGCAUAGGAGUGGACUGUUCUGGGAUGCACCAAGCCCCAGGAUAUCCCCCGCCCGCCUACCCCACAAGGGGGUUGACCUGUGUCAGGCGGUGGCCAUGGUCCAGUGUCAUGUCAUCCCCCGCCCCUCACCCUUACCCCAUGCGCUGCUUGACCACAGCGACCCUUCUUCAGUGCGGCAGACAUCGCUCCUCUCAUCUUGGGACUGAGGCUGCAGCAUUGGAACAAAACACAGCAUUAUAUCACUUUUUCUUUCUUUCUUUUCUUUUUUUUUUUCAUUUAAACAUAUAUUUAGAACUGCACUUUGUCAGAAGCCUUCCCUUCUCUUUUUACUCCCCCGUUAACUGAAGUUUUUACCGUUUCUAGAGCAGUUCAAACCCUAAGUGCUCGAGUGCUUAGGAAUCCCCUCUGGUGCUUGGUUGAACAAGGGAAUCACAAGAAAAGGAAAAGCAGAGACUGAACUUGGGGGUCGUUCUGUGCCUUCCAGCAUCUUGUACAGCAAACCCUGACUCGUCUUCUUACCCCCAAAAUAGCGUCUUCAGUAGCGAUUGAAUCUGCCACUGUCAAAAUACGUUACUUGCAUUUAUUCCAAAUAAUCUCGUUUACUCUUAACUGUUUAUGCAAAUUGUAUAAGGUUUCUUAUGCCCAAGCUUGAAAAAUGAUUUCCCAGUAGACAAGAGGCCGCCACCCAUCCUACGGUUGUGGUGUUAAGAAGAUCAUACAAGAGUCCUUUGCUCGGGGCAACCAUGAGCUGAGGGAGGUGGAGAUGGCUUGUGCAGGUACAAACGACCUUGAGGACUGUUGCCUGCGACCUGAGACUGCUAAGCCCUGACAUGUAGUGACGAGGUCGUCUUGCAGGGCUUUGCCCUUGGUUUACCGAGGGGGGACUCAGUUGCUGCUGGGACCCUCCCUUCUGAAGUGCAAUGCAAAAGGGACGUCGUAUAUGCAGCAUUUGUUUGGAGUUUUUUUUUUCUUUUUUUUUUCUUUUUUUCUCUUUUGCAGUUAUGAAACCUGUAUGCAUGGAUUUCACACCUUCACAGCUAGACCCACCCAUGGGCAUUAUGACCGUGUCUCCUAAAGGGUCAGUUUUGUUACGCAACAUGCAGAAUGCCUUGUUUUUCUAGAGUUGUUUUUCAGUCAUUUCUUCAAGGGAAACUAAAUGAUUUAGUUGGAGCAAAGCUUUAAGUGUGUUGGCGUGCUUCUGUAUGGCUGUCCUUGUUGCCUAGUCGGAGAUUGCAGUGAGUCAGGCCCCUUUGGAGCCUGUGGCUCCAGAGGAGCUCACUGUCCUCCACAGAGCCUCUCCUUGCCACACCCCUGGUCACCAUGUAUCCAGGUCUCCCUGGCCCAGUGCUUGCUCCUGUAUUGGAAGUGCUAUGUCUAUAGCGGGGAUUCCCCUCUAAGUGCUAGCAUGACCUGGGCUGGGGAAGGGCCUUUCAUCUCACUAUUGUUGCUCUCCCCUUUCCCCCCAGGUCCUGCCUCCCACCACUUCCUUUGAGGCCCCACAGGCUUCCAUUUGUCAGCAGCUUAUACUCUGGGCCUUCCAGGCCAUUCUGCUUCUUCUGUCUGAUCCCUGGACCCCUGGCCUAGGUGAAACUGAUGGGGCACCCAGGUAGUUCUUGCUGCUUCCUUGGAGCGCCUCCCUUGGACUGAGAGCCACCAGACACUAUGUGCCUGGCUAUCUGUUAGUGAGGCUACAAGUUUCUUUUCAGAGAAAGAAAGAAGAGUUUUCCAUCGUGUUGGCUGUUGACUCUCCCUGUUUGUUAAACCCCUUUAUAAGUUUACUCAUUAUUUCUAUCUGGAAAGAUUUUUAACGAAGGGAAAAACCAACAGCAAUAACACUCAUAUCGGUGAGCAGCUAACUCAUACACACGACACCCUGCUUCUCGUACAGAACUAGCAAUGUAAAAACUCACAUGUAAAUACUUAUUCCAUUUCACAUCAUUGUAUUAUACAUGUAUAUGGUGGUUCCUUUUCCAGAAAAUUUUCUUACCUGGUGGUCUUGUUUUCUGGGUUGUUUUUUAACCGAGGAAAAAGUGCUCAUCUGCCAGAGGGGAUGGAGGUGUCUUGUGACAUUUCCCACGUGGUGUCCUCCCCUCCAUGGCCGCCCCCCCCAUUUCCUACCCAGGUUGUCCUCUGCGGCCCCUCCACACACACACACACCCCAUCCCAGGGCUGAGGGUAAGGCUCUUGCUUUAAGUCAGGAGUCUCAAAAGACAUUUUCAUCAAUUAAGGAAAAAAAACUCACCUGAACCUUCAUGACCACCCAAGCCCCUGCAUCUUCCCAUGACGCUGCUGCUAAUGACAAUACGAUGGCUUACUCUGCUACUCGAGAACUAUUUUUAUGUAAUUAAUGUAUGCUUUCUUGUUUAUAAAUGCCUGAUUUAAAAGAAAAAAGAAAAAGCUUGGCAUAUUUAUCUAUUUCUCUGUGUACCUGUUAGUCCUUUUGCCUCCCCCCCCCCUUGGAAACAGAUGGCAUUGUACAAUAAAGGACUUUGAGAGUGC